UGCAAUUGUGUAUUUGUGUGAAAUUUACAUUUUCUGUACUUAAGAACACCGACUUAUUGAGAUGCUGACCAGGAUGGGGAGAAGGUUACCAAUGAUAGUGAAUGCAAUAAGACGAUAUACAUUGUUAAUAAUAGUUACAGUCACGACAUUGACCAUCAUUUCAACCAUUAUUCCAGUUCACUACAGAAACGAGAAUCUCGAUUAUGGUAAGGUUAAAAAUAUAUUCACGGAAAGACUACGUGAAUGGAACACCAGAAACAAAAGUGAUAAAUCAACAAUAUCCUUGCAUAAAGUAAUUAUAACACAGAAACUCACCACAGAAGAAACUAUUAAAGGUUGGAGAGUAAAAACAGAUAUUUCACCUACAGAAAAAUGCAGGGGAGUUUACAAGAUAAAUAACUUCAAGAAUACGAUUCUCAACUCUAUAAAGGAUGGUGCUAAGUUCAUCUACCUGGCUUCAGAAUGUGAUGAACGGACUCUUCAUUACUUACAAAGAUUUGAAUUAUCGAAUAUAAUGUCUAUAUUGAAAUAUACUGGUAAUGCAACUCGACCUCUUGUGAACCAUUUUUUAACAGUGAAUGAUGGUACAACGAAUAAGAGAAAGCUCAAGGAAAUGGCUUACAAACUAGGCGUGUGGAAGACUGCACUUAUCCAAAAGAUUCUGUUCAGAAACGAAAUUGACGCCAAAGGUGAAAUAGAUUCUCGAGCUCCACCUUUGGUAUUGAAUAAGAAUGUUCACUUUAUCCGCGAUAAAGUACUUUUUCAUUAUGACGCCUUUUGGGCGCUGGUACCCAUCUUAGAUGAUGAAGCUUGGUCCAUGUGGGUUCAACGACUACUGCAAGAAUUAGAUAGUUGGGUAGCUUUUCUUACAGUCAGUCCAGUAAAUCUCCGUUGUCCUAGAGGAAGUAAACAGAUCAACCAACUCGAUCAAUGGAAAUGUGAAAAUAAGACUAGCUUCUUCGCUUGCAUUAGAUCUCUUAGUAAAUUCAUGGAGCAAAAUAAACUUUUAGAUUCCGCAGAUGAAGAGGUGAUCAACGAUUGGUUACGAAUGCUGUCAAAUACCGGAUAUAAGGAGCCUAAAAUUGAUUCUAAAAAUAAACUACAACAGGGGUUAGUGUAUAGGACUCUAUAUCACCCUAGAAUUGAGAGCCCACUCCUCAACGUGACCAGGUCAUACCAAGAUAUCUGCGGUAGAUCAACAACCAAGUGUCCGGAACCAAACGUUCAAAAAUCUACUCAAAAGAUAUCUUCAUAUUUAGUAACUGUGGUAUAUAAUCGCGAGUCAUUUUAUGAUAUAGUUAGUUACAUUGAAAAUAUUUACCGACCACAUUUUACUUAUAUUGUUUUCUGUGGACCUGUGAUGGAUAAAUUUCUAAGAUUUGUGGACUCCAUGAAAGCCAGAGUGACCUUCGUUGAAAUGGACGUUAAAGAGUUUUUAAAAGGUCAACACGGUCACCGAUGCAUUGAGGCUAGUAUGAAAUUGAAUUAUGAUGUUGAAGGCAUGAUGCACAUAAACGAUGACGUGUUGUUAAAUGUAUGGAACUUACAAAACUUGCCGCUUGAUCGUGUUUGGUUUCAGAAAGCGUUAAAGAUGACGCCAUUUUCUCAAGCUACUGUUCCCGAUGUUUGGGAAAGGCGUGCCAAGACUGGCGGGAAAUGGUGGUCUUGGAGUAGUAAGGAGAUGGGUAAAGUUAAAUUAGAAAAGGCUAUGCAUUCAGUUAGAGAAUUAUAUGAAAGCCAUCCACUGGCAAGAGAAUACAUUGAUCAAGUAGAUGAAAAUACUGGUGCUGGUGGGAAAGCGAUGGGAUUUCACGGCGUGAGCGAUAUAGCAUACUUUCCGGUGAAAACAUUUAAAAGGUAUCUUUACGCUGCUCAAAUUUUCAGCCCGUUUGAAGUAAUGUUAGAAUUAGAAAUACCCUCACUGAUCGGUGGCAUCACAAACUUAAGAGACAUUCUGGUGUUAAAUGGCACCUAUAUAUGGUACGAUGAACGAGAUGAAUUUGAGAAAUAUUAUAAUCCUUCACACGUUUUUUUACAUGCUUUAAAGAUAGCCGGGUGUCUCAAAGACCAAGUAUGUAAAGGUUUCCUGUGUGACCGAUAUCUACCGUGCCUUUAA